UCCACUGUGAGAGAAAACUAAUUAACGGUGAGGUUUCACUUCUGCCCCUCCAAAGAACUGCUGAGGCAUUUGCUCCAAGCGUUAUCACCGGGACAAGAAAUUUUGGUUUUAUUUUGUUGUGUACACAGACAGAGCUGACUCCAAGGUUUCUACAUACCAGCUAAUGCCAUGAAGUAGCCAGUGCCAAUUUGUUUUGGACUAAACUCUACUCACAACAGUGAGACUGAUUCCCAUUUUACUAAAUCAUGUGUUUUGGACCGUUACGACGCCUCUGUCACUGGGGGCCAUAUAUCACGCUUUUCUUGGUGUUCUACAUCACGGGAAUGGCGAUCCUAUGUGACCUGUUCUACUGGCCGCCACAUACAGGGAGUAUAUUCAGCAUUGUACACUUCGGGGUGUUGUCUUCCUGGAUUUUCUUCAUUUUGUACAAUUACUUCCAUGCUGUUUUCUAUGGACCCGGUUUUGUUCCUCUUGGAUGGAAACCAGAGAAGCCAGAAGAUGAGAAAUAUCUCCAAUACUGCCACGUCUGUAAGGGAUACAAAGCACCAAGGUCCCAUCAUUGUAAAUACUGCAAGAGGUGCGUGAUGAAAAUGGACCACCACUGUCCUUGGAUAAACACCUGUUGUGGUCAUCGUAACCAUGCCCACUUCACUUACUUCCUCAUCUUUGCUCCACUCGGUUGUUUCCAUGGUGCUGUGGUCAUUUCUCUUACUAUUUACACUGAAAUUUUUAAGCAAUUGUACAGUCCAAAGCAGUACCGUAAACCCAGCAAUACCCCCUUAGGUCUGGAGUAUGGCUUACCUCAGCUUCUAAUGUCUUUCAUCGCAGUGGGCCUUGCCCUGGGUGUGGCUCUCGCCGUCUCAUUUUUAUUUUUCACUCAGAUUCGUUCGAUUCUGAAGAAUGAGAGUGGGAUAGAGAAUUGGAUUGUAGCAAAAGCACAAUACCGCCAUCGAAACCUUGAGGAGGAGUUUGUGUAUCCAUACAACCUGGGACGUAAGAGAAAUCUACAGCAGGUGUUUACAUGGCAGGGUCAGCCACAAGGAGAUGGCAUCACUUGGCCUGUCAUAGAUGGGUGUACCCAGUACACACUUACAAUGGAGCAGAUUAUGCAGAAGCAACUGAAGAAGGAACGAAUGAUUGAGUACAUUGCCACUGAGGACUACGAAGGAUCAUGGUUUCCAAUCUCCAAAGGGUGUCGCACUUGCAUCUGCAUUCCUCUCACAGACGAGUCACGCAUCGAGAUUGAUGAAGGGGACAUCAUCAUGGUUAGCAGGUGGAAGAAGUACUGGCUGUAUGGUGAAGUCAUACAGGACGACGAUGAAGACCCAGCACCAAGAAUCCGUGGCUGGUUUCCUAGGCAGUGUGCCAAACAAAACACUGGGCAAGUUGACUCAGAUGGUGAAAGCAAAAAGGUCAACUAAUGCCUCUUCGUGAUCAGAGACCUCUGAAGAGUGGAUUACAUGGAGACAAGUCCAACCAUCGGAUCAGAAUUUGAUCAGAUUAAGGAUUGUUGAUCAAGCUUGGAAUGAUCUUACACCCACACUUCAACUCACCAAAUUCAGGUGCAAAUGUAAGGCUGUCAAAUGGGGGGGGGGGAAGAAAUCACAUUUUUGAGCAGCUUCUCUGAAAAUAUGAAGUGACCCAUACAUAUCAAGUGAAAAAUACUUUAAAAACUUAAAGGCCUUCCCCCCCAUCCAUGAGAUUUUUGGGAGCGUACCAUUUCCUUGGCACCAGUCAUUUGGAGGCACAAAAAGACUAAAACCAACAAAAUGGUACAUAGUUUAUUUUUCAAAUGAAGGUUGGGCACCAAGUUGCUCAUGAACAUGGGGGGGUUCAAGGCCCUUACAUUUAAAGUACUUUUCUAAAUUCUCGUGGAUCGCUCCACAUUUUGAGAGGGGCCACUUGAAAAAUGUAUUUUAAUAUCCUACAUUAAGACAAAAAUGUUUGAAUACUACAGGUGGUUUAAAUUUAAGACAGGACUGGUUUAGUCUGGAUUUCAUUUUUUCCCUUAGACUUGACUGUAAGUGCUUUUUUUUUUUUUUUUUGAGCCUCAGUGCCCAUGACAAGACAAAACUUGUCAAGAGAAAGCAUUUUUGCCCCGUACUCUCAACUCCCAAUGGUGUUAAAAGUUUAACAUAUUGAAACUGAGUGAUUAGGGGAUGUUAGAUUUAAUCGUAAGGUGUUGGCUAUUGCUUUAAACUUUUAUAAGGUUAUUUAAAGACGUAACUUAUUCUUCAGCAGUCCAGAGUAGUUUCCAGAGAUUCCAAAAUUCAAGACACAUUGUAAGAGUAGUAGUAUGUUUAUCAGAAAAUGAUAAAUCUGUACAAAUUUACAGCAAUACAAAGCGAAAUAGGCAUGUAAAUAGUUGUAAGGUAUUUCAAUUAUUCAGUGGAAGAUUUUGAGGUUUGAGAUUUCUUACGGAUUUAGAGAGACUGAUGCUGUCAAAAUGACUGCCUAUUUGUGAGUAACUUUCAAAUGAUUGCUGUGUUACCAUUUUCCAGAGCCCAAGGGGAAGGAAAACCAAUCAAGGUCAUGUAUUAAAUUGCAGAGAUGAAUGAAGCCUUGAGAAUAUUCUGGAA